AUGAAUAGGAAAUUCCUUUCGUCAUCAGGCGUUUCAAAGGCACAUAUCCCUGGCGUUAUAUUCCCUUUCAUCACACCAUCACAAUCUCUCACUCAUACCCAACCAAUCCGUGCAUACUCCGCCAGCUCCACAGAACAACCAUCACCACCCUCACCACCAACAAAAAACGACAACCCAAACUCUCCACCAACACCAGUCCCACCCCUACUCCCAUCCCCCUUCUCAGCCCAUCAACCCCCUUCCUCCUCAUCAUCCCCGCAAACAUUAACACACAUAGCCCCCACCGGCGAAGCCCACAUGGUCAGCAUAUCGGCCAAACCCCCCACGCGCCGCGCCUCCACCGCCCGCGGCCGCGUUGUUUUCUCAAACCCUACGGCCCGCGACCUCAUCUUGAAAGGCCUCAACAAGAAAGGCGAUGUUCUCAGCGUGGCGCGGGUAGCGGGUAUCAUGGCCGUUAAAAAGACACCGGAUGUGAUUCCUUUAUGUCACCCUAUAUUGAUUGAUGGGGUGGAUGUUAGGGUUGAGUUAGGUGGUCAUGGCGGCGGUGGGGAAACAGAGGAAAGGGAGGGUAAUGGAUAUGUGGAUAUAUGCGUCACGGUCAGGUGCGAAGGAAAAACAGGGGUCGAGAUGGAGGCGCUUACGGGAGUCAGUGUCGCAGCAUUGACGGUGUUUGAUAUGUGCAAGGCGGUGGAUAAGAGGAUGGUGAUCGAGGGAGUGAGGGUUGUUAGAAAGAGUGGGGGACGGAGUGGGGAUUUUGUGGAGUGAUAUUUUGUGAUUUGGUUCUUAAUCUUUUGUUUUAUAAUAAAUCAUUUUUAUCUCAG